UUCUCCCCCCGCCCCCGCCCCCAUCACCAUCGCCCUGUCCUCGGUCUUCUCCUCCACUUCCAGCGAAGCCUGCUAUCCUCCUCGGGACUCGUGAGGGAACAAGAGAGAGAUGGCGGCUGCCACUCCCGUGCCCCCGGUCUUCUGCAAGCAGCAGCUAGUGCUUGUCCACGCCACCAAGCCUCCCCUGCCCCUUCUCGCGCGCCGCGCCGUCUCCGUCCGCGCCGCGCCGCCCCGCCAGCGCCAGCAACGCCCCCCUCCCAGGACCAAGCGGGUCGAUCCUCCUCCCAGGCCCGCCCGCCGUCCGCCGAGGGCCCCUCUGGACUACGACGACGACGACGAGGAGGAGGAGGAGGAGGGGAGGUUCGCUGGGGGCACCCGGGCCGCCUCCAUGCCCAAGCCGCCGGCCGGCUUCGUGCUUGACGACAAGGGCAGGUGCAUCGCUGCAGCAUCCAAGCGCAUCGUCACCAUCAUCGACGACGCCAACAACCGCCCCUUGGAGUGCAUAAUCAGGAGAGUCUUCCGGAGCUCGCAGGACCACGACUGCAUGCUUCUCUGCCCAGUUGACAUGCCUGUGCAGGUCCUCAAGAGCACAAAUUUCAGUGGCUGGAUAGCUGUUGACGACCACCAGCUCAAGCAAAUCAUUCCUUCUGUUGCCUAUGCCCUUGCAAGAGUGCAUAUGCACUUUGUCGAAAGCGGAAUCUUGCUCUCCGUUUCAGAUUCUGUUAUACAGCAAGGGGUGGCUUUUGCUUUCCUGAAGAAGCCAUUCAAGAGUUUCAUGGUAACCAAAAUUACAGAUUCCGGUGAUGGCGUUGAGGGGGUACCUUUCGAAGGUGUAGAGAUUUGCUGCUUCAAUUUGGAUGGUGCUCACUAUAUGAUUUAUACACCAGUUGAUCCUCUUCUGUUCGUCGCAGUCAAGGACAAGGAUGGUGUGCUACGCAUCGCUGAAGAUGAUUUGAUGGAUGACCCUGCAGUUGUUGAUGCCAUAGACGAAGAGACAGAAUUUACAGCUCUAGUGGAGGAGGAAGAGGCCCUUCUUGAAACGGUACUUGGUGAAAGGUGAUGAAUGGUAGGGAGGGGGUUCCUACAUGAAUUGGAAGAGGAGACCCAUGCUCCACUAGUCCACUCCACCAAGCAGUAGAAUGACGAAGCCCUAGUUGGUCCUGAAGAAGGGGAUGCCAAUUGCAGCUGCAAAAGUGCGUGUGCUUGCUUGGAUUGGAUUAUAUGUGCAGCAAAGCGCAAUUGAGCUGCCUACCCUAGGAUGGAUGAAGAUGUAAUGUUAAUCGUCAUGUGCUGCUGCCACUGCUCAUCGUCGUCUGUCAACUAGUGUAGUAUAGAAAGCUGCAAGGAGGCUUUUGUUUUGUUUUCUAAUCAAAUGAAUAGGACGACCAAAGCUAUUGCUGCUCUGCUGAUGACUUGAAUCAACCUAAUAAAAAUGAUCCAAUCUGAUAUCCCA